GUUUGUUUCACGAGUGCAAAGUUUUGUCAUGUACCUUGUGCACAUAAUCCUCGUAGUGCUAAUACAGCUGCAAGUACUGCAAGCAGCCGCAUCACAAUGCAGUAUAGACGCUUGUGAGGUUUUCGAGAUGCUGACUCGAGGUUCGAGUAAGGACCAUAAUCCUGGACCGUGUACUUCCAACGUCCACUGGCGCCAACUGGAUCGCAGAUUGCGCGCUAUUGAACAGCCAACAUGGACGAUAAGUUACAGCCAGUCAAGAUGGCGACAGUGCAUGAAAGGGAUCUGCCAGUGCGACGCGGACCGUCGCUCGCUGAACUGCUGGCGCACUGACCUCUCCAAUCUCCCCACUGACCUCGUGGUACCUGCGGACCUUGUCAAUAUAGAUCUGGGCACCAACAAACUGCGAACACUGCACAAGACGACUUUCAGAGGGAUGCGGUCUCUACUGGAGCUGGAUAUGUUCGAUAAUCGGGUGGAGUACCUGCCAGCUGGAAUAUUUGAUUCGCUCGUGAAUUUGAGGAUUCUACGGCUACAAAGGAAUUACCUAGAGGAAAUAGACAGCGAAUCAUUCCGACACACGAAAAGGCUUUUCCAUGUGGAUCUGUCAAACAAUUACCUCUACACUCUCCCCGAAAUGUUGUUUGCCAACAAUUCGUUUUUAGAAACAAUUGAUAUAUCUAGCAACCAAAUCGCGUAUGUACCCGCAGACAGCUUUGUGGGUCUAACUUCGCUACUCGCAUUAGAUUUAUCUAAAAAUAAAAUCCAACGCAUCGAAAAUGGAACGUUUUUAAUGAAAACUCUACAAGUUUUGAAAUUGUCCGAUAAUAGAAUAAAUAACAUAUCGGAAAAUGCUUUACAAGGUUCGGUCUCUAUAGAUACUUUACUGUUAGAUAAAAAUAAACUGCAGUAUCUCCCGAGUAGACUAUUCCAAAAUCUCGUGUGUUUGACUUUUUUGGACAUGUCGGACAACAACUUAAUAAGCUUGGCGAAUGUAAAUCUGGACAAUCUGAAACAAUUGCGGUAUAUGGAUUUGCGAGAGAAUUCUUUAACCGAACUCCCGGACUACAUUUUUUCAAAUUGCACAAGAUUGGAGAAACUGGACCUCUCGAGAAACCAACUGCGUUUCUUGAACUACACUGCGUUCCAUGGAUUAAACAAUCUUACUUCAUUGCUCUUGACGGAAAACAAAAUUUAUGAAGUCCACUUUAAGACUUUCGCUACUCUCAAAAACUUAACAACUUUGUACCUAGAUAACAACAUGUUUCCAUCUUUACCAUCACGUACCCUGGACUACAUGCCAAAACUAGCCAUUGUCAAGCUUUCCGGCAACCCUUGGCACUGCGACUGUCACGCACUCUAUAUUUCAGCUUGGGUUGGCCUGAACGAGAUGAAGAUAUGGGACUACUCACCUACGUGUGUUUCUCCAUGGUUCCUGGAAGGCCAUUUUCUGAAGAAGCUCAAAUUCCCAGAGCUGUGUUCUGGCCAGUGGGCGAGCAUGGUCAACCUUUCACCCAGACUCCCCAUACAACAACUCCUAGCCCUCAAUGUGACCGUUAACAGAAAGCCACAAGACAGUAUGGAGCAGAAUCAUGACGUCACCACUGUUGAUGCCUGGCAUUAAAUCAUAAUUUUGUUUAUACUACCUAUUACAUGCUUAUAUACACAAAUUAGUUUCCAUUGAUCAUAAAACACCUUAGUUUACAUAACUAGCAAACACUUAAACACGAAUGUAUUGAAGCUUCAUAAUUGAAUAAUUAUUAAGCCUGUUUUCAGCAGAAAUCCUGAAACCAUACAAUGGAACUUAAUUAAAUCAACCCAUUAAACGUUAACGUAUUACGUAAAUAUCGUAUUGUAGUUAUCAAAAUUUUGUCUUUGACGCAUGCUUUACUAAGUUUAGAUUUACCUAAUACUUGUUCUAAAUAACCUUGCAUUUAGUCAAUGGUUGCACAAGCCUUUGGAGCGGUCUAUAUACAACAGUGAAAGAUGGAGAGUAAAACAUAGAUAUACCUACAGAAAAUUACAAUUAAUU